UCUAUGCGUUCUAAAGAAAGGUGAAGCUAAACAAAAGGGUAGCAUGUAGAUAGCAUUACCUAAGUUAUUGUGAAAAUAUGAAGAAAAUAUUAGUAUUUAGUUUAAUUAUGAAACUUUCAUCAUGCCGUGAAGUGAGAAUGUGUAAAUAGUUACUUCUGUGCUUACAAAGUCGAUAAAAUGAAACACAAUGCAUCGUGUAAUGGUGGCCAUUAGUGGCAAUAAUUAUGUAUAUUGGCAUACUUACGGUUUUACAGACCAACAAUAAUACGGCUUUUACGGAACUAUAACGUGGAUACUAGUGUUUAUUGGUGAAAAGUAUGUAAACAAUCGUUAAAAAAGUAUGUGAAGUGUGGGUUCGAGCAUAGUGUAUUUAUCAAAUUAUCAUGGCACAGAAUCAAGGGGAGGUGCAAGUGACACCAAACCAAGCAGUGAAAGACAAAGAUAUUUACGCUUGUUUGCCCGAUAUUCGCACCAACGGUCCUCUGGGACCAGACGAGCCGUGCCCUGGUGGUGAGGAACUACGAUGGUUGCCGGACCAAGCCCCCAGCCGAGACUUGGUUAUGUACCUACGUGCAGCGCGGUCCAUGGCAGCAUUCGCAGACAUGUGUGACGGUGGAUCCCCUGAUGACGGAUGCAUAGCUGCCAGUCGGGAUGACACAACUAUCAAUGCCCUCGAUGUACUUCAUGACUCUGGAUAUGACCCCGGACGAGCACUUCAGGCUCUAGUUAAAUGUCCAGCACCCAAAGGAAUUGAAAAGAAGUGGUCCGAGGAAGAGACUAAACGGUUUGUCAAAGGAAUCCGUCAAUUUGGUAAGAAUUUUUUUAAAAUUCGUAAAGACUUACUGCCACAUAAAGACACAUCAGAAUUAGUUGAGUUUUACUACUUAUGGAAGAAGACUCCUGGUGCAAGUAGUAAUAGGCCCCACAGAAGAAGACGCCAGGCAUCGCUCCGGCGAGUUCGUAACACUAGAAACUCUCGUGCUGGUACACCCAAAGAACCGACACCAGAGGCUACACCCGCUGUGCCAGAAACGAAUGGUUCGAGACCCUCACCGAAUCCUAAGGAAGGAGGUGAAAUGAGUUCUGUUACCGAAGAUGAAAAUUCAGAAGAUGAUAGUGAUUCCAGAGAUGCUGGUGAUCUCGCCAAAACAGACAACGGUAGAGUUGAUAACCCUGAAGAUUCACCGAGUAGAAUGAGGACUAGAAACAAAUCUAAAGAACAAACUACACCAAACACCAAGAAAACGCAAGAUGAAAGUGACAGUGAUUCAAAAUCAAAGAAACCUAAUAAACUUAUUACACAAAGUGCAAAUAAUAAUAAUACUGAAAAAGUUCCACCUCCUCAGUCACCUGUCACUAAAGAUAAAAAGAAAGUGGCUAAUGGCAAAGUUGAUGUGUCUAAAGUUAAAAAGCGUCUUCCAGAUGACUCAAAAAUUGAAGGUAUAAUGGAUGGUGAUGUGCAGAUGAAGAAGUGUAGACCAGAUGACCCAUCUGAGAGUCCGUCAGAAAGCUUAACAAAUGAUAGCUUUCCCGCUAUGGAUGAAAGCGAACCUGCUGAACCAGAAAGUGAAAUUUGUGAUUUUAGUUUUAACAAAACUGACAAGGAGAUGGACCAAAGCAAAGAUGUUGAAAGUGAAAUACCUAAUAAACCUUCCGAACCACUGAUUAAAACUGAGAAUAUUGAACCACCAGUUAAAAUGGAGAAAGAUCCUUUGCCACCUUUGUUCAAAGUGGCAUCUGAAAAUGAGGACAGAGGGGCUCUUGAUCUAAAAACAGACUCAACAACACCUAAGACAUUUGAAAAUGCAGAACCUAGACCACUCACAGUGUUCUCUAAGACUGAACUUAUUAUUCCUAAAGUUACACCUAUGAGUGCUGAAACUAUGGAAAAAAUUAAAAUAAAAGAGGAAAUAGACACAGAGGAGCAAACAUUAAAUCUACAGAAAGAUGAUUUUCAGAAGGAUCCCUUAUCACACAGUUUUUCUGGGCACAACUUAAGUCAAUCCAGCAAGCCGCUUAACUUAGAGAAUACCAACUUCUUUAUAAAAGACAACCAUAAUAUCUUUAAUCCAAAACUUACUCAUAAUAUAAAAAUUGAAGGGGUCCCAAGUAACAUUUUUAAUCCUGCUUUAUCUAAGGACAACUCUAUAAUUAGAAGCACAAAAGAUUUUCCACCUACAAUGCCAUUUUCAUACCCAUCAAGUAUUAAUUUUGCUAAUGACCCUGGCAAACACAACUCACACUUAAACCCGCUGAAAACAGUAAUAAAAUUGGAGCCAAGAGAUGAGGCAAGUGAAAUGAAAAGUCAAAAUACACCUGAAGUAUUUACAGCAACAAUUUCUGCAUCAAGUAAAGUGGAUUCUCCAAAUGCACCAAGAUUAGAUCCUUUACAAAGAAUAAGCCCGUCUCCUACAAAUACAAGAGCUUCUUCACCUCAUAUGGAGCAUUCUACAGCAACUAAUAUAGAACCAGUAUCUCCUGCUACAGCUCCAGAAAUGAAAUCUCAAGAACCUGACACAGAAGAUAAGCAGCCUACUGAUUUGAAAACUCAACCUUCAACAAAAUUAGAAAAUUCAAAUGGAAACUUAAGACCUCCAAUUUUCCCUGCGCCUAUUCGCCCAGAGAAUCUAGGAGUGCGAGCAACAGAACCAUCACCAAUUCCUGUAUCAGGACAAAGUAUGCCUCCUCCACCGCUCAGCCAACCUUCAAUUACAGGUUUGCUUCCACCAGGUCCUCUCUUGUCUGUUGGAAGUGGAUCAAGUGUUGGCCCUUAUGGUUUUAUGCCAUCAUCUUUGUAUGCUCAUGCUGCCCAUCCAGGCUUAGACAAGCCAGGAUCAAUGCCUCCAUUGAUGCAGCCUAUUCCUCCUAGCCAUGCUUUAGCUGCAGCGAAUCUUAUAUCACAACAGUCUAACCAACCAGAUCCAUCAAUGCCACAGGAUCUCAAAAUUAAACAAGAAAUCCCGGAUAAUAUGCCUGCUAAUUUGUCAACACAAAGUGUCUCAGAUCCUCUUCAAUCUCUUAAGGAAGUCAAAGUUCCUGGCUAUCCAAUUGGAAGUUCAAUAGCCCAACAUCUAAGCUCAGAAAGAGAUAGAGACUCGGUACCAAGUGCAGAAAACUCAACGCGGCCUCCAAGUCAGCCACAAUCAGAAACUUCAAAUAUGCAAAGUGCUUUCCUGGGCCCGAGAAUUGAAAGCAUAAAGAAAGAACCAGAUUUCUUACAUCAACCUCAUAUUACUCCAGUGUCAACAAGUCAGAGUAAUGCUUCCGAUUCGUCGCAUGCUUUACAGCCAGUAAAGAGUCCUCAUACACCAACACCUAUAAAAAGCCAGCCAGGCCAUAAUGGUACCCCUGGUCAUCCGCAUCCUUCUACUACAACUUCUCCUUUCUCAAGGCACUUAACUAGUCCAUCUCAAUCUAGGCAAAUUUCUGCCUCUCCUAUUCAGCAUAACCCUCCAACAUCACAUUCUGCUUUGAAUUUGAUGAAUCCCACUCCUUUAACGAUACCUGCAACUAUGGCAGGUCCAGUUAUGCAUUCAGGCCAACAAGGACAUCCACAUCCAUUUGCCUCUCCACUUCAUCACCCACAUCAUCCUCUACUGCAUCCAUCUUCUAUAUUCCAGCUCUCCGCUGCUGCUGCAGCACAUGCAAUGCAUCCAUAUUAUGGUCAUCCACAUCCUGGAUACUCAAUGCCAUAUCCAUAUCCUUAUGGUCCAUUACCACAACCACACCCUAUUCCUCCUAUGCAUCCAUCAAGUUCAUCAAGACAUGAUCCUGUUAAACCAGCAACCAUCGAAUCUACUACAAUGCUAAGUGCCCACCACAGUACUAGUUCAUCAGUGACAACUAGAUCUUUGCGAGAAAUUUCGGAGAGUUCAGAUGAUCCGAGAAACCCUAGUGGUUCAGAAAGACAUCAAUUACAUGAGACUACUAUGACUCAUCAUCACUCAACUAGUCAUCAUAGUGCAGUCCAUACAAGCACAGAGAAGCAACCAAGUCAUGCUGGCGGUGGCACUAAUCAUACAUUAUCAAUAUCUCAUUCGACAUCAAGCAGCUCUUCACAGUCUAUCCAGCACAAAAUCAAUACGCAACAGAAGAGUAGCUCACACUCAAGUUCGCCGCUUCAUCUUUCGGCAAGCGUUUCACAGACGACCAGUUCAUCAGCAAGUGUGAAUGUUACAAAUAAUCACACUCAUCAUCAUUCUCAUCAUCUUGCUCACCAUCCAGAAAGGUUGUCGCCAGCUGAUUCAAUGUUACUACGGCAUCAUCCUAAGAUGCUUUCUGGUAAUCCAAACCAUCUAAUGAUUCAACCGCCUUCAAUGGGCCAUUCAAUGGGAUUAGGUCUGCCACCAGGCCCUGGACCUAGUUCAAUAGAAAGCUUGCGCUUGCAUGCACAAGCAGCUGCGGGCUUACAAGCUUCUCAUGCUCGCUCUAACUCUCCUCACCAAAUGCCUCAUGGUCACCCUCAUUUACGAGGCCCUCCACGACCUCACCCCGAAGACAAUCCUGAAUUGAAAUUAGAGACGCAAUCGCAACCAGAAGAAGAAGAAAUUCCAAGUCCCGCACACAUACCUCAUGGCCCUAGCCCAGAACCCAAAAUAGAAGAUACUGAAUGCCAUAGAUCUCAAUCAGCUAUAUUUUUAAGACACUGGAAUAGAGGAGAUUACAACUCUUGUACUAGAACUGAUCUUAUAUUCAAACCAGUUCCUGAGUCUAAGCUUGCUAGAAAAAGAGAGGAAAGGCUAAGAAAACAAGCUGAGCGUGAUAGAGAAGAAAGAGAAAAAAUAGCACAACAAGCUCACAGAAAAAUUGCUACUCCCGAAAAACCUGACACAAAACCGCCUUCACGCGGAGCCAUUGAAACUAUCACAUCUCCAUAUGAUAGAUUCCCGCGGCCGCCGGGGUAUCCAGAUACGCCAGCUUUACGUCAGUUGUCAGAAUAUGCUAGACCUCAUGCAGGUUUCAGUCCGGGCAAUAUUCCCCGUCACUGUAUGGAUCCUAUGCUCCAAUAUCAAUUGAGUUCAAUGUAUGGCGCAGCCGGUGCAAGGGAACGACUAGAACUUGAACAUCUCGAAAGAGAAAAAAGAGACAGGGAAAUUAGAGAACUCCGUGAACGUGAGCUGAACGAUAGAUUAAAAGAAGAGCUGCUUAAAAACAACGUGGGACCUCGAGCCUUAGACCCUCACUGGCUGGAAAUGCACAGAAGGUAUGGAAUGCCUCCGCCACCGCCACAAGGUGCUAUACCUGUUCAGUUCGGAUUAUAUCCUCCGGGACACGGCCCCGGUGCGUUAUCACAACUAGACCGUGAACGUUUGGAAAGAUUGGGAAUUCCGCCUGGAGGAGCCGGGGGCCCUCCCCAAUCAGUUCCCGUAUCGGGUGCCCCACCGCAUCACCCUCAUCAUCCGCACCCGGGAGUGGCGGCCGCUCAAUUAGAAGCAGCGGAGCGACUCGCUUUGGCGGCGGACCCUAUGGUGCGCUUACAGAUGGCGGGCAUAAAUCCUGAGUAUCACGCACAUACCCAUGCCCAUACCCAUGCUCACUCCCAUACACACCUACACCUGCACCCGGGUCAGCAGGCGGCGCAGGCCCAACAGGAUGCCCUGGGACUCGGACUCGGUGCAGGAGGACCAUAUAGGCCCCUGCCACACCCGGACCUCCUCGGAAGGCCGUAUGCCGAGCAGCUAGCCCAGCAGGCGGCGGCACACGAACAGCUGCAGAGGCAGCUGCUCCUAGAACGCGAGCGAGGCUUCUUACACCCGGCUCACCACGAAGAUUUCCUUCGGCAGCAGCGAGAGAGGGAACUGAAAGUGAGAGCACUGGAGGAGGCGGCCCGCGCGUCGCGGCCUUAGUGUCCCGCCCGCCUCCCGCCCGACGACGCCGUAGUGGUGAUCGAGUAGUGACAGUUCGUGCGGUCGCGAGGCCAAACAUAAGUUUUAAAGUGUUCACGCGAUAGUGUUACGAAAGUUAAGUACGCGAUACAGUUUCAAAUAUGACGAUAUAUCUUUAAUUUUAUUUAUGUGUAAUUUAUAUGUAAUUAAGUUUUUAUAAUAUUUUUAUAUUCGCAUGGUGUAGGACGCUUGUUUCUAUGCUCAAAUUAUUUCAUAACGACUAGUCAUAAUUAAAGAUUAUUUGUAGUAUAAUAUUAUGAGUCACACAUUUUUACUUAGAGUGCUGGUAGUUUAAAUUAUUUUAUAUGAUAUACUUAUCCAUAUAGCUAUACAGUUUAAGGGUGCUGGUUUUCAUUCGAAAGAAUGGACCAUAUGACAUUGUAAAAUUUAGUUUGCUUUUAUGUUUAUGACAUAAUAGUAACUGAGAUGCAAUUUUAAUUUAGGACAGAAAAGUAGCAACUUGCCAUCUUGUGGACUUGCCUUUUUUAUGUCUUGUAAGUUGUAACUUGAACAACUUCGAAGUUCGAGUAUUGUGGUAAUCUGUCUUAUAGCUACCAGGGAUCUUUUAACGAGUACCUAAUUACAUAGGCAUUUGAGAUUAAGGCGUUAAUUUGCAAAAUCACAUAUCAGUAAGUAGAAAAGUCGUUUGUACGCCAUUAGAGUGCUGACUGCUGCGCUAGCGCUAACCGGUCAUGCAAAUGUUUAAUUUCGAUUUUGUAAAAAGCGUUACUAUUUGUACUGAGCUUGAUUAUGAUAAUUAAGUUUUAGUUAUGACUGUAAUAUACAUAAUGAAAUACUAAUUAAUAUUAUAAUGAUAACACAUUUUAUGCCAGUGAACAUAAAUAUUUAUAUUGAAUUUAACACUUGUUUCAUUUAAGAAACAAUCGCUUUUUACACUUGCAAGUGCAUUAAAAUACAUACUACUUAAAUAAUUGUAGAGAUUUUUAAUUUAUUAAAUUGUAAAUAUUUCAAUAACGUGAAGAAUAGCAAUACGUCUUUUCACCGGCAUAAAUUUACAAUGGUUUAAUAUUUUAUAUCGUAAACAAAAUGUGGUCUACGAUUUUAGUUCUCAACUGUGUUGUUGAAAUAUUUAAUAGUUAAGUACAAAAUAUUUAUUCCCAUACAUACACAAUUAACAUAAGAUUGGAAUUUAAAAGAUUUAAUUACCUUGUAUUUUUUACAAUUAAUGUGUAAAAUAAUUUAUGUCGUACAAAUAAUGAAGCCAAAAUGUUGAAUAUACUCAAAAUUAAAACAGGAAUACCGAUUCAAAUACAACGCGCAAAAGGGUUUUAAACCGACUGUUCUUAAUUCAAAAUUCAAAACUGAUAAACUGCCCGUUGUAAAAUAAUGUAAUAUUGUAAUCUUUACCCAAGGUACCUUUCACAUUUGAUCUUGCACAGUAUUUGUAAAAUAAAUCCAUUUUUUAAAAUAGCAGUUGUUAGUAUGAUAUAAAAUGAAGAUUAUUGUAAUAUCCUAGAGUAAAUUCUUAAAUAUCGCUUCGUAGGUGUUAUGUUGAUAAUGCCAUAUUACUUUCCGAUAACGUUAAAGAGAAAAUGAGUAUUAUUUUUAGAGAAAAGUUAUAUCUUUUACUUAAGAGGUUGCGUGUCGGACUUAAAACCUUCGUUUAUUUAGACAAUAAGGUAAAAUGGAUGUCUUAGUGCUUUUGUGUAAAUUUUUUUGAAUAAUAUAUGUGGAAAAAUUCA